AUGCCGAAGGAAGAGCAGAGUAAAUACGCGAAGGCUUUUCGGGCGAACAAGGCCGAACGAAAGGCUGCCAGAGAAAUGAAGAAAAAGGAGAAGCUCGAACAGCAAAAACUGGCCACUGAAUUUGGAAAGGCACGUAAUGCAGAGGGUUUCCAAAAAAGAAAAUGGGAGGGAGAUGAGUAUCCUGGCAACAAACGAAGAACCGACGUUGCGCUCUCGAACCCCUCCUCGUCUUCUGCCUUGCCGCCCGCAAAAGUGAAAAUUGAAACAGUUGAUUCAAACCAUGACUCAGAGAAUGAUGAUGACCAACCAGACCCUACCACGAGCGUUGAAAGGUACCUCGCAGAAUUUCGACACGGCGAGUCGGAUCUACACUUACGAGCUCUUCUGUGGCAGCGCAAAGUCAAUGCUGAACGCAAAGUAGUACGUCGUCAAAUGAAUCAAGUUGCUGCUUAG